UGCUACCUUUCGGACCAGUAAUUACAAUUAGUCAAAGAAACAGAGACUUUAGAAGACUAGCAAUCGUAUAGGAAAAUAGAGAGGGAGAGGGAGAGGGCGAGGGAAGGCAACAGAACUGAGAAACAGCCACCUCUUUGCAAAUCAUUCAUUCAAUCAUCAAAUAAACCUUUCACUUCACUUCCUUUUAAGCGCCAAAUCCCAGAUGUCAAAUUUCCAGUUUCAAAACUUUGGAGCCUUGUUUAGGCCUCAAAUCAAUCAAGAAACCCUCUCUUUCUCUCUCUGACUGUCUUAUAAAUACACGGUGUCUUUUAUUUUAUAGUGUAGUGCAGGAGGUAGAGGUGUUUCAUUCUUUUGUUUCUCAGUGUAUUUUCAGUUCUCAUACAUGAGAGAUCAUUAUGGGUGAUUCUGGAAAGACGUCAAAGCUGCAAGACUCGCACAAAUGUUCACCUUCUGACACAGUGACUGGGUCGUUGCUGAUUAAAUCAUUGAAGAUAAAGAAGGACAGCAAAAUAUCUCCUAGAAAAGGCCAAAAAACAAAAACGAAAACGAAAACAAAAUCAAAACCAAAACCAAAACCUCAUCUAAAAACUAUCAUCAGUUCAGCUGUAUCAAAAAGAAAAGUUUCUCCUAAGGGCAUUGGGAAUGGCUCUACCAGUAGAAAACUGAUUCAUAGGAAAAUUCUGCAUAAAGCACUUGAUAAGAAGGCCUCAAGGAAGGGGGCUUCCUCAGAGCUACAAUUGUCAACUAUUGAUUCUAAGGGAAAUGGAAAAAAUGGUGAUGAAGGUGCAAUUAAAAAACUCAAGAAGAGGAAACCUAAGAAAAGGCAAAGGGACAAGGUAAAGCUAGAUGAACCAUCACGAUUGCAGAGGAGAGCAAGGUACCUGAUGAUUAAAAUGAAGCUGGACCAGAACCUUAUAGAUGCUUACUCUGGAGAAGGCUGGAAAGGUCAAAGUCGAGAGAAGAUCAGGCCAGAAAAGGAACUACUGCGAGCAAGGAAGCAGAUUUUGAAGUGUAAACUUGGUUUACGUGAUAUAAUUCGGCAGGUGGAUUCUCUUAGUACAGUAGGAUGUAUUGAAGAGACAGUUAUGGCUCCAGAUGGAUCUGUUUCACAUGAACAUAUAUUCUGUGCGAAGUGCAAAUUGAAUGAAGUUUCCCCAGAUAAUGAUAUUGUACUCUGUGAUGGUACAUGCAACUGUGCUUUCCACCAAAAAUGCCUUGAACCUCCCUUGGAUACUGAAAGUAUACCUCCAGGAGAUCAGGGAUGGUUUUGCAAGUUCUGUGAAUGCAGGAUGGAUAUUAUAGAAGCUAUGAAUGCUCAUUUGGGAACCCAUUUCUCAGAGGACAGCAGUUGGCAGGAUAUUUUCACAGAAGAAGCAGCAAUUCCUGAUGCUGGAAAUGUGCUAUUAAACCUCGAAGAAGAAUGGCCUUCAGAUGAUUCUGAAGAUGAUAAUUACGAUCCAGAGAGGAGAGACAACAUCAUGAGUGAAGCGGGUACUGAUGAUGAUGCAUCUGAUGACACCAGCAGUCCAACCAGCUUGGGUUGCUCUUCAGACGGUGAGGUUUUUUUGGGAUCCAGGAGGUGGGAGAUGCAUGGCUUGGACUUCAGAAACAAUUCUAUUUAUAGCAGUUUAGAUUCUGAUGAAACCAGUGAUGGGGAAAUUGUUUGUGGCCGUAGGCAGAGAAGAGCAAUUGACUAUAAGAAGUUAUAUGAUGAGGUGUUUGGAAAGGAUGCUCCUGCACACGAGCAAGCCAGCGAAGAUGAAGAUUGGGGUCCUGGCAAAAGAAAGCGACGGGAGAAGGAGUCAAAUGCAGCCAGCACCCUUAUGACACUGUGUGAAAGUAAAAAAAAAAGUAAAAGUGAUGAGACCAUUGAAGGGAUGAUGAAGCUUCCCCCUCAAACUCGAAGGCCAAUUUUCAGACUCCCCCCUGAUGCAGUUGAGAAACUUCGCCAAGUAUUUGUAGAGAACGAACUUCCAUCUAGAACUGUCAAGGAGAAUCUGUCAAAAGAAUUGGGCCUUGAACCUGGGAAGGUUAGCAAAUGGUUCAAGAAUUCCCGUUAUUUAGCUCUAAAGUCCCGGAAGGUAGAGAAAGGAGAACAACUUCAUAACUCUAGUUCCAAAGUCUCUGCUGAACCCACAUUAAAUGUCAUGGAGGGCAAAACUGCUGAUCUUUCACAGGAUUCUUGGGAAGAAACUGAGGUAUGUAUCCCAAAGAAUUUGAAAAGGAUCCUUCAGAGGAAGAAGCUGAAGUCAAUAAGCAGAAGUUUAAGGAAAAAUGAACAGAAAAGAGGUUCCUACGAAUCACCUACUAAAAGCAAUGAGAUGAAUGCUGAGUGCAGUGAUGAUGUGAGCUUGAAGAAGUUGUUAAAAGCAAAACCAAAGGGAGUAAAGAAAAAGGUUAAUCCUAUUUCAGUAGCGGCUGAAUAUGAUAUGGAGAGACUCUGUAGAGCGAAGGCUAUAUUAGAGAAGAUGAAGCAGAAAGUGGUGAAGCUACAAAAUGGCAAAGCUAGGAAGUCAUCCAAAACCCGUCCACUUGAAGAAUUUAUCAUUUACAUUCCCAUUGCUGAGUUGAGGGGAAAAAAUUGAUACACCGUGCAACCUAUUAUUAUUUGCACAGCAUUUUGUCUAAACACUUUUGCAGGUAGGGCUGGCAUUGUAGUUUUAUCUUUUGUUUCUACUCUGUUAUGGACACUCCUUGUACAAGUACUUAUUUUCUUAGAAAGAAGUUAAAAUACAAAAGAAAGGCUCAAGGCAAUUUGGGUCAGUACGAAGA